GAGAGGAGGGGGAAAAGGUUGAUAGGUUUCUGCGCGGUCCCUCGUGCAGGCUGCGCUCCUCCUGGGUGCUAUUUGACAAUUCCUGCCUCUGCCAUUGGUCAGUGUUGGAUCAGAUGGUUGUAUUUCCUUCUGGCCCUCACUGGCACCUCGCCAUCCCCCCUCAGCUAAAACCCAAUCUCGGCUAUACUACUAAUAGGCGCAGCGCUCGGACUAUAAAACACAACAAAUCAUAAACCCGGUGGAGCAGCAGCGGCCUCGCGCGCCUCCCCUCCCGAUGAGUUCCUAUUUCGUGAACUCCACCUUCCCCGUCACUCUGGCCAGCGGGCAGGAGUCCUUCCUGGGCCAGCUGCCGCUCUACUCGUCGGGCUAUGCGGACCCGCUGCGGCACUACCCCGCGCCGUACGGGCCGGGACCGGGCCAGGACAAGGGCUUUGCGGCGUCUUCCUAUUACCCGCCAGCCGGCGGCGGCUACGGCCGGGCGGCGCCCUGCGACUACGGGCCGGCGCCUGCCUUCUACCGGGAGAAGGACGCGGCCUGCGCCCUCUCCGGCGCCGACGAGCCUCCCCCGUUCCAUCCCGAGCCGCGGAAGUCCGACUGCGCACAGGACAAGAGCGUGUUCGGAGAAACCGAGGAGCAGAAGUGCUCCACGCCUGUCUACCCGUGGAUGCAACGCAUGAAUUCGUGCAACAGUUCCUCUUUUGGGCCCAGCGGUAGGCGAGGCCGCCAGACAUACACUCGCUACCAGACCCUGGAACUGGAGAAGGAGUUUCACUACAAUCGCUACCUGACCCGGCGGCGGCGCAUCGAGAUCGCGCACGCCCUGUGCCUGACCGAGCGGCAGAUCAAGAUCUGGUUUCAGAACCGGCGCAUGAAGUGGAAAAAGGAGAGCAAACUGCUCAGCGCGUCUCAGCUCAGUGCGGAGGAGGAGGAAGAAAAACCAGCCGAGUGAAGGUGCUGCAAAGGGAGGGGGGACACGAAGGGAGAGGCCUGUGGGGGAACCGAGGGCACACGAAAGCCCCAGAAGGCUCUGCGGUCUGGGGAGUCUGGGGACUUGCUCUCCAGCGCAUGACUGGCGGGGCCCAGCGCUCUCCAGGACGUCCCCGCCCGCAGAGCUCUUCCUGGGCGCUUGGAGGCUGCCUACCCAGCCCCCCAGGGCCUCCUCCCUCCCCGAAGAACCCACCUUGGCCUCAUCAGGCUCCCUGGUGAGAACUGAGAAUCGGACUCACUUGAUGUCUCCUGGAAGCAGAGCAGAAUGCUCUUGUCCUUGUCGAGUCUCAUUUCGUCCAUGUCCCCCGUGCACGGUUCAAUGGUAGAUUCGCUGUCCCUCAGCAGGGACUUGAAAAACUCCCUUACCCCAGACUUGUCUCUCCUACCCCCUCCCGAAAGCCACUGGAAGGAGCACAUACUACCUAGAAGUAAGAAGAGGAGCCUCAGAAGAAACAAAGUUCUAUUUUAUUAAUUUUCUAUGUGUUGUGUUUGUAGUCUUGUUUUAGCUCUGGACGUGAAAUACUUCGGUAAUAAUAUUAAUAUUAUUAAUAAUGAUUAUGAUGAUGAUAAUAAUAAUAAUAAUAAAGAUGUGAAAACUCGCA